AUGGCGGCCGUAAGAUUUAACCAAGACUUGAUGAAAAUGGUCGAAAGUGCCGACAUUCCGAAGCCUAUGUGUGAUGAGUUCAAGAAGAUGAUUUCAGGAAUGAAUUUCAAGGCAUGUCUAGCCGAUUGUAUGACCAAAUUCAAGUUGAACGUACGUCGGCAUUUACUUAAAUUCAACGACAGCUCCAUAAAUGAUGAAGAUACUCUUGACGACCUCAAAAUUCGUCGAAUGGCCGUAGCCAAGACCUUGUUUGGCAAACUUGGUCUGGAUACCAAUAUCGAAGCUCCAUUAUUCUGCACCUGGGGCUGCAACACGUUUAUUGGUCAAGAUGUCUAUAUCAACAGGGAUGUCUCGAUUUUUGAUAGCGCACCAGUUCAAAUUGGCGACCGUGUUCUCAUUGGACCCGGUGUCUGUAUAUGUACCGAUACGCAUGAACUUGACGCUGUGUCGAGAAAACAAAGUCAAAUGGGGUCUUAUGCAAAACCAAUAGUUAUUGGCGACGAUUGCUGGAUUGGGGGGAGAGCAGUUAUAGUUGCAGGGGUUACUAUUGGGAAUGGGUCGACGGUUGCAGCUGGGGCUGUCGUGGUCAAGGAUGUUGAAGCAAAUUGUCUAGUUGGUGGUGUGCCUGCCAAGAUUAUCAGGAUGCUUGACAACGAAGCUAUGUUGCCAAAAUGUAAGUCGACCUUGAAUCUGCCCAACUACAUUUCUGUGAGAGCAAGAGUUGGUGAUCAUAUCACCCUCAACUCACGCAGUGCUGUCGACGGUAAAGUUAGACCUAUUAAAGUCCGUGCUGGAUGCGUGCUUGGAUCUAAAACACAUCUCAAAGCAAAUGUCUACCUUCAUCACAUUAUUGGACGAUGCGUUCACAUUGGUGAAGGGGUGAAGAUUGGAGCAAAUUGUGUUAUUGGAGCGGGGGUCUCCAUCGAAACUGGCGCAGUCAUACAGAGUGAAGUACACAUCGGAGAUAGAACAAGAAUCAGCAAAGAUUCGUGGGUUCUCAAUGGAGCUAAGCUCUGUCGAAAAGUUUUGAUCAAGGAAUGCGCUACAGUUCGGCAAGAUGCACGAAUUGGAGAUAGAACUUGCAUAACCAAAGAUGCUGAUGUGCUUAGAGGAGUACAGAUAGGUAGAGGGGCCACCUUAGAAGAAGGUGAAGUAGUCAAGAAGCAUAUUCCUGAUGUUCAUGGAAAAUCAACAAUGGCAUAUUUACCACCAAAUAUCGAUUUUGGCAGGCAUAAGCGGGAAGCUAUGGCUAAUUUCACAGGCCGAAAUGUCUAUUCUACCAGCGCUGAUGCUUAUGGAUACGUAAAUUUACAAAUUUAUAGCAGCAAAGCUGAAGCGGGGCUGGCCGCCACCAACACAAUAUUCACUAGGCAUCAUACCGUGGCGGUAGAUGCACACUGCUAUGGGUUCGAUACAUCAAAUAUUAAGAUUAGCGGCGCAUCAGGUAUUAUUAUCUGCGAACCUGGUAUAAUUGGCUCUAUGGUUCAUCUCAACGCCAGUGAUAAAAUGAUCAUCCUAAAACCCCGGUGCAGAAUUGACAACGAUGUUUACAUUGGUCCUGGUGUAGUGAUUGGAAUUGGUGUACAUGUAUACGAAAAUGUCCAAAUCGCUGGCGAAACAGAGAUCAACAAUUAUACAAACGUGGAAUGCGGCGUGAGCAUUGGCUGGAACGUACGCAUUGGCGCAAAUGUAUCAAUUGAAAAAAAUGUCAUAAUUGGAAGGAAUGUUGAAAUUGGAAAAUUUGUAAUCAUUGAAACAGGUGCUAUAAUUGAGGAUAAUGUACGCAUUGGAGCUGGGGCAAAGAUCUUGAGGCUGGGGAGAAUACGGGCUGGCAUUAAAGUUGAAGACAAUGUUGAAGUCCGCUCCUUUGGAAGGUGUUAA